GAAAAACGGGUUGGUGGUGCAGCGCCUUGCUGUAUGCAAUUCGGGGCCCAACCGAUAUGUGGGGGCGGCGUGAGUUUUAGUAAAAACAGAAUAAUGCACACACAGUACCUACAUUUAAAGUAAUGCUGGAUGGCUAUCAUUAUUUAGUACAGCGCGAGAUUUCAAGCCGUUAGGUUGUGAUUCGUCCUUCCAUAUUGGUUGUCGUCGUCGUCGGGUACAUCUGAACAGAAGGUAUUGUGUUUGUUUGGAUUCGGUCACUGGAACUGGGCCCAAGUUACAGACCCAAAACGCUGCGGUGCGGUCCACCGAGCAUCUCCUGCUGGAUGCAUUCCAUAUCUGGACGCCAUCCGGAGCAGUUGUUGGUCUGAAGGUGUCUUGAGUCCCUGAAAAAAGUAGUAACAAUCCCUAGAGCUAAAGUGUUUGGCUAAUUUUGCUAGUUCAUAAAACGGUUUUUAGCUUAAAUUGUGAGUAACGGUUUUCAACUGGCAGCAGCCAGUAAACUUCCAAACGUAGAUCGUUGUGAAUGUGUCGUAACGAAAAUUGGCACGGUUCCGAGUAUUCCAGAGCAUCCAUCCCUUGACUUGGGGAAUUUCUAGUGGCAGGCAGUUAGUAACAAACGAGCCCGAGUUCGGUUUUCCGCUUCUGGAGCAACGAUUCCGAUUUUUUACGCUUCUCUACCAUCGUCGUCGUUGUCGUCGCUGUCGUUCCGUAUUUUCCCUCCUGUAACUGUAAUGUCGUGUGUGCGUGUUACAUAAUAGCUCGGUGUCGUUCUUAUCUUGCUAAUUCAAAUCUGCAGAUUUCCGGCAGACAAAAGUUAAAACUGCAAAAACUCAUCGUUGAGUGUAAGCCAAUAAUAAAAUCGCCUACAGGUAGGCAACGGCACAUCACCACACCGUGAGUGUCCAAGUGUCAGGUGAAAAGUGUCUCCCUCAGUUAAAAGUUUAUCAACGCAACAGAAAUCAAUUCCGGUUUCGAAAAUAUUCAGUGCUAGUGAAAGUGGUGCUCGGUGUUGUAGUGUUUUAGUUUCGAAGAUUCAUACCAAAACAAAAACCAGGUCUCGCCGCAAAGGCGUCCCGGUGAAGAAUCGAGGGACCGACGCUAAAGUGCAUCAUCUUCAGCAGCCACCACUUGGCGACGGUGCCGCGAAAACCGCCGCCGUGGCUUCCCUGGUCGAGCCCGUUGGCCUCGACGAAAAGAAAAACGAUCUCUUCGCCAGUGACCUCGCAAAUGGGAAUGACGAUUGUCAACUGAGCUCAUCAAGGAUCUAUCCAGCAAAUCAGUCACCCUCUGCUACGCCGAAACCAGCCGAAGAAUUUUUGAUCCCGAAAAACGAAAACGAUCGUCAUCCGCUGCAGCCGCCGCCGCCGCUCGUAAUGUCUUCGCCACCCGCGAUUCCUCCGAUCUACUCGAAUCGGAGCACGAGCCGCUACCACCGAGAGCCGUCUUCGUCAUCGAGAGGCGGCUCCGGCACUCCGAACGGCUAUCCACCGACCCUCAAUGGAAUCGGGUCCGGCGGCAUUGGACUCGGCAUCUCCCAUCACGAGUCUAAAGAACCGCUCGACUACCGCAAGGUCGAAUCAUUGCGCAGGAACAGCACUGACACCGGGACAAUGGACCAGCAGUACUGUCUACGCUGGAACAACCACCAGUCCAACCUGACGACAGUGCUGACGGGCCUGCUCGAGGAUGAGAAGCUCUGCGACGUCACACUCGCCUGCGACAAGGGGAUUGUCAGGGCCCACCAGGCGAUACUGUCCGCGUGCAGCCCGUACUUCGAGCAGAUCUUCGUCCAGAACAAGCACCCGCAUCCGAUCAUCUACCUGCGGGACGUCGAGGUCAGCGAGAUGCGGGCCCUGCUCGAUUUCAUGUACAAAGGCGAAGUGAACGUCGGCCAGCACAACCUGCAGAACUUCCUCAAGACGGCGGAGAGUUUGAAGGUCCGAGGUCUCACCGAGAGCAGCACCGACCGGUACUCGUCCGACUCCGACAAAAGCCGACCGGAGCGAACGGAACGGACCGAUUCAAGGGAUGGCCGCGAAUCGGUUCCGCCGAUCAGCGUCAACAACAACAAUACCAUCGUCAGUAAUAACAACAACAAUAACAACAAUAAUAACAACAACAACAACAAUACUCUGCACCAUCCGUCGCUGAGGGACAAAGACUUCCGGGAGCGGGAAGAGAUCCGGGAACGGGACCGAGAGCAACGGGACCGAGAACAACGGGACCGGGAACGCGAAAGGGAACGCGACCGGCGAGAGCUGAUCCAGCGGGAACGCGAGAGGGAGCGGGACCGGGACCGGGAUCACAUUGCCGGGGUGCAGCCGCGCAGUGCCAGUGCCGACAUGCUGACGCCACUGCACGAGGACCGAGACUACUCGCCGUCGGACGACCGGUCCGAGAUGAAAAAACGUAAAUUCUGUGAUAUUUCUUUGCCCUCGACGCCGAGCCUGAUCGGGAAUGACCGACAGGGUGGAUACGAAUCGCAGGCGUCGUCACACAGCAGUUUCAAGCUAAGUCCAAAGCCCGAGGAUGGGGCCAGCUCCCCGGGGGUCGUCCACCCGCAUCCGCACUCGCAACACCCGCACCCCGCACUGUCCGGUGGAGGCGUCGGGCCCCUCAACUUCCAGUCUAGUAUUAUCAAGCAGGAACAGCCGGAAUUGGGCGGUGGCGGUGGGGGUGGAGGAGGAGGUGGCGGAGGCGGUUUCCGGACGUCCGAUUUGCUCCCGUCCCACAACAAGGUGUCCCACUAUGCGGACGAGAUGUCCGGUUUGCUGACACCUUCGAGUCCUGGAGCCGAUCACCUUCAUCAUCAACACCGCCGUCCUCCCUCGUUGCCACAUUUAUCGCAGCAGCAGCAGCAACAGCAGCAUCACCAACAUCAACAUCCACAUCACCAUCAGCAUUCACCGCUCAACCACAUUCGAUACAAGUCGAAGCAACAUCCGAUGCCAAUGAAUCUGAAUUCGGACGAGAUGAACAGCAUGCUCACGUCCGGCAGUAUGCCCCCGUUGAGUGAUUCGGGGGACAACGAGAGCCACCUCUCACAUCCGGAUCAUCCCGAUAACAUCGAUGGGCCGGGGGGAGGACAGUAUGAGCAUCCGUUGUCCCGUCACGCCAGCAGCAUUUUGUCGUCCAGUCUCGUUUCCUCGCCGGAUCGAUCGGGUGGCGGCCUGGGCGCGUGCGUUCCAGUCGGUUCCGGGGAUCUGUCGCAUCACUAUCCGCUGCACCACCAGAUGUCGUACCACAACAUGUUCACGCCAUCUCGCGAACCGGGCACGGCAUGGCGCUGCCGGUCUUGCGGCAAAGAGGUCACUAACCGAUGGCAUCACUUCCACUCGCACACCCCGCAGCGAUCCGUUUGCCCGUACUGUCCAGCCUCGUACAGCCGUAUCGAUACGCUCCGAUCUCAUCUGCGAAUAAAGCACGCCGAUCGGUUGAACGCACCCAAAUUCGGCACCCCGACCAACUGCAAGAUGCAGAUGUAAGGAGGACGCAAGAGAGCAGAGGUCGUUCACAGAAAUCGACACAAGACCAAACUCCCAACGGAACACUACAGGGAACGAGCAAAGCGAAUCGUACUACAAAACCGGAUCGGUCCGAAUAGUUUAAAAACAAAUAUUUUUUGGAAAAAAAGAAAGCACAAUAUCUCCCGCCCAACAAGUACGUUGUUAGAGAAUUGCACCUCUCUUCAACCUCUAACGUCGAAGAGCGGCAACGACGUCGAAGCGACAAACACUGGUAAUAAUGUUAAUCUCAAAACUAUCUUCGAUGCUGUGCAGUUUUCUAUGCGAACAGUAUCCAAUAAUCGUUAGCACAAAAGCGAGCACACUCUGGUACAAUUUGUGUAGACAACAACAGAUCGUAUCAUUUGAACUAAACUCUAAAUGUCGAACCAACAACAAAAACAGCCACAAACAACCUAGAAAGCCACAACUAUUUUUUCAAACAAUUGAAACAAUUACAACUACCAUUUUACUUCUCUAGCUUAUAGCGAUGCCAUAAGAAAUUAUUGUUUUCAAGUCAAGUUCCUAUUUAAGGCUCUUAUAGUUUAAAAAAAUAAUCAAAACAACCACAACAACAAAUACAGAACUCAAGGCACAAACAAGCACUACGAAUUCAGAGGCGAAAACCCGUCCCCGUGUGAAUUUAUUGUGCAUAAAUCAAGGUGUAAAUGUUUUCUGUUAUGUUUACUCGUCGUAGUAGUACCCUCCAACAAACUCAUCACUUAGGAAACGAUUCCGAGCAAGAGUUAGUGCUGUGAAGUCCAUUUUUAAUCGUAACAUAAACGAUUCGAUUACAUCGGUAAGUUGCAAACUACUAGACGAGAAAUCAACAACAACAGCAAACAAACAAGCAGCGAUCGUAUCAUUUUUGUUUCGUUAUUUUAUCGUUUCCAUAGUUGCGUUUGACACCAUUUCCAUAAUAAGAAAACAAAACUAAUGUGUUUCGUCAUAUGUUAAAUUGGAAGUCAAACAAUAAUAACACACAGAUAACCAAGCUUAAACUUACCCGAGGCAAAUGAUUUAAGUUUGACAGCACAACAGCACACAUACAUAUGUAUACUCGCAAUGCAACACGCAACAACAAUAACAAACACUUUGACAAAAACAACAACAACAAAACAAAGGACCCAGCUUAUUCACACACUGACUAACGAUCGACGACAGCAUCAUCUGCACCACUUUUUGGACAUUCCAGUUGCAGCAUUUUCUAGAAAACGAAUAGCCUACUUUAAUCCAUUUACAAUUGAGGAGAAAUUCUUACAGACUGGGAUUGUUUGAUCAUAAGUACCACACGCCGUUUUGCAUACAAACCCUCGUCACCUAAGUUAAAAUUUUUACUGAAUCAAACUAUUUUUUUUUUUCAACCGUUAAACCCAAGCAACCAAAAGUCCCAUAAAACAGGUACAAACACGCUUAUUCAGCCCCAUCAUUGAUAUGAAGUAGGUUCUAUGCAGCUCAAAAUUUAAGUUCUUAUUGAUACUUUAAAGUUCCAAAACAAGCCUUAAUGAUCAUCUAUUCAGCUUCCAGCGGCCUCUUAAUUCAGCUUCCGAAAAAUCGCAAAAUGAGCAAAAAAAUCUCUCUCUAUCUCAACUGAACCGUUGGCUUCGGUUCAUAUCACUUUUUCUUGAUUAUUUACUGUGUUCUGUACCGGUGCCGCUAUGAUGCCACGCGCCGGAUUUCAAACACGACAAAUUGCUCAAUUGCUUCUUUCCUACAUUUCCUACUUAUAUCGCAUCGGAGUGCUCACUCAAGUACAAAAUUACUUACUGAAAAAAAACUUGCCCGGCUUGGGGAUCGAACCCCGACCUUCGUGGUGAGAAUCGAACACGCUACCACGAGACUACGCCUAGAUGUUGUUCUAUCUGAAACUAAAACUCGAAGAGGUGAUUUGAUUUUGAAAGCACAUCAAUGCACUUUUUGUGACUUAUCAAAUCCCGUUUGAGCACUUUUGUGCCCUUUAUGUGACUUACCAAAUCCCGUAUUGAGCACUUUUGUGCCGUUUAUGUGACUUAAGUCCCGUAUAACGUACGUAUAGAUCACUUUUGCAGCUUUCAAGUUCGUUAAUGAGUACAUAUAGUUCACUUAUGGGAAUUGGGCAAAACAAGUCACAUACAACGUACAUAUUAUUCACUUUUGCAACUUUCAAGUUCAUUAAUGAGUACAUAAAGUUCACUAAAGGGAAUUGGGCAGUUGAUUCUCUUUGUCAGCCAAUAUGUAACUUUCAAUGCCUUCAUUCAAGUAAUUAUGUGACUUUUUGUUGCUUGGGAAGUCUAGUCGAUUAACAAUUUUUUAGGAUCAAAAGUGUAAAAAAAACAAACUAAACUUCGAUUGUAGUAAAUCAGUUGUAUGUGAAAAUUUGGGUAAAAUAAUCAUAAAAUUUGUAUGGGUGUAUAAGGAAUCUGUCCUUCCCGAUAGGAAAUACACCCUACUUUUUACCAUAUUUUGUUGGGUGUGUUGGCCGAUUGAGUUCUGGCUAAUCGGCCAAUUGUUGCAGCGCCACUUAUGGAAGUUUCUGCCGGAUAUCAGCCGAAUAAUCAGCCGACUUCGUAGGUCUACAAAAUAGGCUAAAUAUCUGGAUGAUUUGGUGAUUGAUAUGGCGACAAGAUAACCCUGCGAAAAACGACUUAGUAGGUCGAUUGAUAGAGGAAUUAGAUUUCGUGAUUCUCUACCACCCUACCCAUCGCAACCCAACUGGAUGAUUAGUUGACCGAUUUUAUAGGCCAAAAUCUAAAUUUUGACGGAUUAUUUACGUGUAAUAAAUUUUUUUUUUAUAUUUUUCUUGCUAUUGACCGAACCGGCUGUUAAAAAUUUGGGAAAAGUCCCAAAGAACAGCUUUUUUCAAGGAAUUUAACAGCAAGCUGUCAUUCUUCCCAAACCCCAAUCAAAGAACAGCUAAGUCAAUCAUUGAGCCUUCAUUCCUACAUCGCAUACUACUCUAGCGAUUGUAAAUUCAUAGACCAUUCCAUAGGAAAUAGGCUGAAGGUUUGCCAACUUAAUGUGGAGCUACGAAAUCCUACUAAAUUCAACAAUUCCUUGCGAUUAAUUCGGUAAGUCAUUUUGAUACUGAAUCAUCUUCAAGUGUAGCUAAUUAAUGAGCAAACUAAAUAAGAUCAUUAAUUUGGUAGGGCGAUUCGUAGCCCGACUAAAUAUGUGAAUGGUAACGAAUCCUAUCGAUUACGUUAUAGUUCCAAAUUAACUAUUUUUAAGGCAACUGUAACACUAAUCAAGACUUGGGUCUAAAACUCUACUGGAAAUCUAACGGGUAAUCUAACUAUUUAAAAAUGCGUUAAAUUGUGAUCCUCAGAUCGUGAUAAAUUCUUAAAUCAUUAAAUUUAGACCACCGGUUCACAGUAUUCGAACAACUGUAUUGCUGGUUUGUUCUUCGGUCUUAUUCAUACAAUAAUACAAGUGGGAACCUCACUCGUGUUCAAUUACCUCCCUAGCUGUUUAGAACUGCGUAAAAUUGGGUCCCAAAUCUUUACAGUUUCAAACCAAUUCUUGCACCAACACUGAGAGAAAAGUAUACUUUUUUUCAACAAUUUUCCAGUUACAUUCAGUCAUAUUUCUGAUUGAUUCUCGUCGAACUAUAAAUAUAAAAUAUUCAACUAUAAAUAUGAUAAACUGAUUGGUUGUUUUUAUGCAUUCAACUAUAGAUGUUAUAGAUUCAACUAUAAGUAUAUUGCUGAUUUACUGCAUUCAACUAUAAAUAUCAUAGAAUCAACUACAUUUUAGUGAUUCAAAUUAUGAAUUUAACCAUCGAUAUGAUGGAUUCAACUACGAAUGUAUGGUUGAUUCAACAGUAGAUACGCUGGAUUCAACCACAAGCUUAUUGUUGAUUUUAGGCGUUCAACUAUAAAAGUAAUCUAUUCAAUAAAAUGAGUGUGAUACAUUUUGCAAUGUUCAUAGUUGAAGUUUUUUCAAAUUUGUUUAGUUGUUAUUUAGUUGUUUAGAUUUCACAAAAUACAAAUGUUUACAUCAGCAUUACAUUUUCAGAAAAAAUAAGAGCUUGCUUUGAUCAAUAUUUAUGGUACAAAAAUCCGCAACCAUUUUGCACUGCAAAUUUUCCUGAUGUAUGCUGCAUGUUUCGCAUUCGAGGACCCGGUCAAGAUACGGAUGAUGCCGGUAGAAUACAGUCCGAUUAAAUGGGCGCACGCACUUGAACCUACUUGAAAAUCCAUUGGAACACUUCUACCGGGAAACUUCCCACUUUUUUUUCUUCUUUUCUGGUUUCCGCCAGGAAUUUCUCUCUUCCAAUCACUAUCGGGAAGCAAGAAAUAGUACCGCUUAAGAUUUUCCGGGCCAACACUAGAAGAGAAAAAAAAACACACGUAGUUAAACGAUUUCAAAAAAUUUAAAUGAUUAUUCUUACUUGGAAACAUAUCCUCGCCUUUGUCCUUACUGCAGGAAAAUUCAUUUCUGCGCUCUUUUUUAUCAAAUUCUCGCAAAGGAGCCUGCUGAUAAAGUCCACAUGAAGCUAUUUAGUUUAGUUUAGUUUAGUUUCUUUAUUCAGUUUUAUGUACAAACAUUUACAUUUUUGAUUUUAUACUGCACUGGUAAAGCUACCAUUUUACAACAGGCACUGUUGUUAAAAAGAAGCCGUGCUCUAAAGAUGAAUCCUCGUUGACAGUAUUGGUACGAAUAUGGGAUUGCCGGAGAUAACACAAUCAGCCAUAAAAAUAUAGUUGAAUUUACUAUAUCUAUAGUUCGAUACCUAGAGCCAAUCUUAUAACUGUAGUUCAAUCACUGAUGAACUGAUGUACAAGCUAAGCCUUGAAAAGUGUGUAAAGUUCCGACGACCGUUUUGAAUCAAUUUUAUGUUUUUUGGUUGAGCCACCAGAUGUCUCCAAGGACACCAGAGAGAACUGUCAAGAAGAAAAUGAAAUGUAAACAAAACAAAACAACAAACUUUCAGUCAAUUAUGAAAAGGUCGUAUCUAUUUAACGAGUUUCGAUCAAAUUGAUGUUGAAGAUUCGUUACACAUUUCUGAUUUGCAUUAUCAAAAUUUUACGCUUAACGCUGUUUUUCGAAUUGCUUCAAACUAGCAUGAAUCACUUAAUAUGAACAGAUAUGAUGCGUGAAAAUGCCCGCUCAGAGAAGCCUAGAAUCUGUAUUUCUUUGUUGGAUUGUUAAUUUUAAGCUCAACUGGAUAAAAUAACUGGUUCGUCUGGCUUGUUCAAAGUUGUUAGUUAGCCUCUUUAGUAAAAAGAAUCGAGGUAAAAUGAACCAGAUGAAUUUACCUUGUUGUGAAUAUAUUGAAGCCGUCCAUUUUUCUACGUAUAUAAUUCAAGCUUGUAUAUGUGUCAUUUCGCCAGUCUCUCUAGUGACAAUAUUAUAAUGAUGCUAUUUUUCUCAGCUGAAAUUUAUUCUUAGUUCAUCUAAUUAUAUACAUAGAGCAAUUCAUCUAAUUGUAUUUAAAUUUAUUUAUUAAUGAGUUCAAACACCAUUUCGCCCUCUCGAAAAAUUCUUACUUGCAAAAGAGCUAUCUAGAAACAGUGCCAUCUGUUGCGCCGUUCAAAAGUUAAAAAUCAAGCAAUAGAUGGCACUGUUUUUCGUCACUUUUUAACGGCUUCUUUAAAAGAGAGCACUAGAAAUUUUACACAAGUUUUUGAAGAUUUUUUGUUCGAGCUUGUACAUCAGUUCAUCAGUGGUUCAAUCUAUCAUAUUUAAAGACAGUUGAAUCAAUUAUACCAUUACAUUUGAAUCUAUUACAUUGAUAGUUGAAUUUGAGAGGUCAACCAGAAAUGUAUAGUUGAAUCUAAUAUAUUUAUUGUUGAAUGCCUAAUAUCAAUCAUAGAAAUGUAGUUACAUCUGUCAUAUUGAUGAUUGAAUCAAUUAUGCGAUAACAGUUGAAUCUGUUUUAUUCAUAGUUGAUUACUUAAGGUCAAUCAACAGUUUUUAGUUGAAUCUAUUAUAUUCAUAGUUGAAUGCUUAAAAUCAAUCAUACAAUUGAAGUGGGAUCUGUCGUAUUUACAGUUCAAUCUAUGAUACCAUUACAGUUGAAUCCAUCAUAUUCAUAGUUGAUUGCGUACGGUCAAUCAACAGUAGUUGAGUCUAUUAUAUUUAUAGUUAAAUGCGAAAAAAUCAACCACACUUCGAUGAUUGGUAUAAAAAGCUGAAAAAACUGUAUCAACAGACGUCUCUUUCCUCCGUGAAAUCUAAAGAAAGUUGAUUUGGAAGUGGUAUAAUGCUAUAAUGGAUCAUCGGUGCGAAAUUUAAGUGUAAACCGGCGUUUCAGACUAGAACUACAGUUGUCUUUAGACCUGGUGUAGGAAUUGGGCCGAUUGGAAACCAAAUUUUAGUAGUUCUACUAAAACAGUUUGACAGCUGUAUGUAAAUCGCAAGCGGGGCUGGUCAUAUUUUUGCUGGGACGAUUUUAGUUGCGGUACGUAGUCCAAAUUUUGUGUAAAUUAGAACCAAAAACAGUUAACUACUGAAGUUGCUCUUGGGGUAACUCCAUCCAUACUAGGGUUUAAUAAUAUGAGAUUCAAACCUCUAAAUUUAAUCCGAGCCAGUGACAAUACGGAUAUCCUAUGCAUGAUCUAUUUAUAGCAAACAAACUGUCUAGAAUUAAGAUUAUGUUCCAAAUUGGCCAUUUAGAUCAGUGCUACAAAUGCCCUUAGUGAUUGAUAUAUUCCGGAUCGAUAAAUCGGACAAAAAUCGGUUGUGGAUCGGUUAGAAAACAGAUGAAAAACGAAUCAAAUAUGGACCAAUUCAGAGCCCAGGUGACACAACUUUCCUGAUGACGAUAAUUUUUUGCGAAUGAGCUGUCAACACAACCGGGUCGUUUCCUGAUCAAAAUAGGUCAGUUUUCCAACAAAAGUCGGAUAGUUUUCGGACGAAAAUUGGUUUGUUUUCGGACGGAAUUCGGUUUCUUUUCGGCCGGAAAUUUGUCUGUUUUACCCUGCCAAUCAUCUGAAUUCUGAAUCUGAAAUGUGAAUCUUAAUUCUCAAUCUGAAUUCUGAAUCUGGAUUCUUUGUCUAAAUUUUGAAUCUGAACUCAGAAUUUAAAAUCCAAUUCCUGAAUCGGUGUUUGAAUUCCGAUUCGAAUUCUAAAUCUUAAUUAAUUCUUAACCUGAGUUCUGAUUCCGGAUUCAAAAUUGCAAUUCUAUUCUUCAAUGUUUUUUUUUCGAAAAAUUUGGGCUCCAUCAUACCGAUGUCAACUAUUGUUGAAUUCCCGAUCACAUUUCACUACCCAGAAUGAUGAAUUGCAUUGCAUUCCCACGUUUCAUUGCGAGCGGAAGCUCGCGAAAUGGCAGUGAAUUAAUAAAAUUCACGAACAAGAAUCCGGAUGUGUGUUAUAGUAGGUUUUUCACAUUCAUUUUCUUUUUUUUUCUUUCGUGCCGCCUUCCUUUUGGUCAGCCGUAGUCAGCUUGUUACAAAUUUAUUUGGUCAAUCCAAUCAGUGAGCGUGGGGUCCUCAAAAGGACAUCCCCGAAAAGGAUUGGGAGGGACCCAAUCGGAAAUAAAUAUAUAUUUUAUCGGACCGACGAACCGACCGCGGCCUACAAGAAAAGUCAUCCAUCACAAGCCCCGUGUCACGUUUUUUGGUUGUAGAGGAAAAAAAGCCCUCUAUUUUUGAGUGUGCGGAAGGGUCGGGCAGUAUUUUUUUUCCUGUCUGCUGUUGCAUUUUUGAGGGAGGUUAAUUACCGGCCAAUAAUUCUUGAUGGCAGAGAUUUUUCGCCGGUCCAGCAGAAUGAUACUAGCAAUUUCAAUUCAAAGGGUUAAAAUUGUCAAAAAAGGGUUGGAGAAAUUAAAAUUUUUGCCAAUGGUCAAUCAUUAUCGGGAAGGUAGAAAAUUCGAAAUGCUCCGUUCAAUUUUAAACACGGGAGGGUUGUUUUCGAAAUUUUUUUUUUCAUUCUAGUAGGGUAUGUGAUCUCAUUUUGAAUAAGUAAAAUUGUGACCCUGAAUUCUUAUCCCAAAAAUCAGUUUUCUGGCCUUUAAUUAAAAAUUCUGUAAAUCACUUUUAACUUGACACCCAAAAAGGCCAGAAUUUGACUCACCGACCAUAUUCCGGGUGAAAAAUUCAAACAUGGGAAAAAAACCAAAAAGACAAAUGUUCAUCUGACCAAACACUGACUGGGGUCUCUGGAGCCACACGGUGCCAUUGUUGGAAUUUGCCAGCUGGAUCAACCAUUUUUAUUUCUCACAUCCCGGUUCGGUUGGCAUUGUUACUGCAAUUUUUUUUGUCGCUCUCGUUCCAUUUUUUUUCCUGAUAUCUCGUCAAAUUCCACUUCCUCCGAACUAUGACAGCGGACUGAUGCGUGUGCUUAUUUAAAUGGCAAUAAUGAGAUUUUCGCAUCUGAUUUCGUGUCAAAUUAAGCGAAUUAAAUAAAUCAACGCAUUCGGGUAGCGGAGAAGCGUCAAUCGGGCAAUUUGUAUCCACCGGCGUUCACCACUUUACCGAUCAUAACGGAUCCGAAGUCAGAGCUUUUUUUUUGGGUAAUUGGUUGGGGUCUGUUAUUGAAAAGUUACGCGUGAAUGACGGAUUUAGUCAGAUUGACACUGAUCAAUGAGCCGAAAAAAUGUUAAAAUUUGAUGUAAACAUAUGCUUAACAGAACAUUCUUGGUUGUGACUUUUGAUUAUUCUCAAACUUUUAACUUCGACUGUAUAGUAGUGACCUGAACUUAAUAUAUUUUUAGCAUUUUAGGCAAAAAUUGAUAUCGGAUGCAGAAGAUCCUAUAUAAAAUUUUGGCAAAACCGACUAAGAGGAACGAGUGACGCGCGAGCAUUUUUGUCUUUUUAAGAGUGAAAUUAUCCACUUAGAAUGUUAGAUGGUAAAAUCUUGAAAAUUGAAACGAGUUACAAAUCUUCGAUCUUAAAAGGAAAAUGAGAGAUUGUGCAAUCCAAUCCAACUAACAAGGAAAAACACUGUGUUUGUCACUCUUUUUUUCAACAGAACUGUGUUUCCACACAAAUUUACAGCUCAUUAAAGGCCCCUUUUUUGGUCAGAUUUUUCUGAAAAUUUUCAUGAGACCUUGUGCUAGGCCAAGGAUCAAUUUUAGUCGGCAGCUUGUAUGAUUUUCAAUAGUCUGGUGCGUCAAACACACCAGAUUGAGACAAUUUUAAUAAAAAAAUCUUCUCCAGGCAUCAAAAAUCCUGAUUCACUGAUUCGUUCCAGUUUUCAGUUCCAGUUCGGUUCUGAAAUAGAAUAGAGAGGACCAGACAAAUCUGGGCUAUUUUAUCUGAAGACCUGGCAAAAUUCCGAGCCUUUGAUUUCAAAAUUGUCGACCAUAAUCCGGCAAAUUUGGUCAACCUGGGAAUUACUCAUCAAAAAUCAAGGAAAAAACUCGAAAAAAAAUCGUUUCAUCAAAAUUUUUCAGCAGAUUUCAAAACGUAUUUCAGGCUUCCAAAAAACUUUUCACGAUUAUUUUCACGAAACUUGUUCAAAAAAUUUCGUUUUUGACGCAUAAAUAAAUAGUUUUUACAUCACAAUUUGUUUUUUUAGGUUGAUUUGAGAAUGAAAGUGAGAAUAAACCCGGGUCAAAUCCGGGCUUUUCCAAUAAAAUCCGGGCAAACAGGCUGACUUUUCCAAAAUGUUAUAUUAAAUAUCCGGACAAACUCGGAUAAAACCGAGAAAUAUGGCAACCUUAGUCAAGGUGCUUAGAAGUUCCAUAUUGGUGUUGAACUUGAACGUUGAAUAACGGUUCAUUAAAAAUCAAGUGAAUUUUUAAAAUUUUACAGAAGAUCAUCGACCGAACAAAUGGUUCUGAACCGCCUGAUCUUUUGAAGUCAUAUUUUAAAUUAUCUCAGGGUACCCUUUACUCAGCCAAAUGAGAACUUAGAAUGCCGUUAUGUUGGGUAUCUUUGAGCAAACUGUAGACUUGUGUGAUUAAGAUAUUUAUUUAAGGUUACCUAACUUUUUCUUCUGAAUUCAAAAUAAGAUUUGAAUUUCAUAAAUGUUACUUGCAUUUGUUUGAAAAUGCAAUGAAAAACGAAUCACUAUUUUUCCUAGUCUGCGAACGCAUUUUUUAACCUUUUUUAGCGGAUUUUAAUCCAUCCAUCGGUCAGAAUCUGAUGGAACCCAACUAUUUAUCAGGUUCCUCGUUGAAGGAAACUGGGCAAAAAUGUAUGGAACUUGGUUUUCUCGAGUACACGCCAGAGUUGCCGAAAUCACAGAAAAAUCUAUGAUUUCACAGAAUGUUGAGCAAAUUUUCAUCACAGAAUCGGUGUCAUAGAACCCAGAAUUUUAGAAAUAUUCACAGAUUUCACAAAAUUUCAAAAUUGCAUACGUUUUUUUCAAAACUAAUUUCUUUUACGUCAAUAUAAAUUUUAGGUUUUUGACUACGAACAGGAAAAUAUGAUAAGAUUGGAAAUGUUAAUCGAUUUUUCUAAAGAAAAUGUAGACGUGACUUAUCAAUGAAAUAAUAGAAAAAACCAUCACAGAAUUUUUGGGGAAAAUCACAGAACAUCAGAGUUUUUUAUCGUCAAAACACAGAUUUUUUUUCGGCAACCUUGGUUUGACGAGAUGAGAAAAAAUUACUCAGGGGCCAAAAAAAUCUAACGUUGGAGUAAAAAUUUAUGGAACAAAGAAGUUGUUUUCAGUAUAUAAUCAGUACAAGAUUUCGGAAUUGUAUGAGCUGUUUCAUUUUUUUUAUGUACACGUAUGAGCAAUAUUGUUAAUUUAAAUGAAAUUUUUAGAAACGUCGCUGGUGAACUGGCAACAAAACACAGACUCCGACAAUCUAGUACUUUUCUUUGUCAGAAGUCUUUCGGAAGUCGGAAGUCUGGACUUACGAAGUAAAUUUAGUGCUGGCACCAUAAUAUACGGUUCAAAAGAUCUUGACGAGACAAGAAAAAAUUACUUUGGGAUCAAGAAAAUAUGUUCUCAGGAACAGAAAAGAUGACGUUUUUCUAGCCCGAUCUUGGACAGAGUGGAUUGUCCACUUUGCCCAAGAUUUAAUGAAACACUAACAGUAAAGCAGAUCAUCGUAAACUGUCCCCAACUAGAAGAGGAACGUAGAAAACUUGGCGUCCCUGGAAACCUUAGCGAAGCAUUAGCAGAUGAUGCGACAUGAUCAAGAAAAGUGAUUGCCCAAUUGGGCUUGGGCCCAGAGAUGCCAAUGUGCCUUAUUUUUCAGGAUUUGCCUAUUUUUUCGAGGCUCAGCCUGACAACCUGAAAAGCCAUUGAAUUUCCCUGAUUUUUGAAAAUAAGUCCGGUUUUGCCUGAUCUUUGCGAAUGUGUUGAAAAAUGGGUUGCAAGGAACGGCAUGAGAUACCAUUGCUAAAGUGAAAAUGAAUCCUGAUUUUUAUUCCAGCAGUCCCUGAUUUUUUGAAAAAAAAAUAUUGGCAGCCCGCUUGGGCCUGCUAAAAAGAAUAAAGCUUGCUCUUUACUCUUAUAGAGAUUUUCAUAAGAAUGACAGCUAGUCUGAGUGAAAUUGGAGUGAAGGCUAUUGCUUUCUCUGUUCAACAUAUGGGAAUUUGUAUACCGGGAUUGCGAGCGUGCCCAUCAGGGUGGGUACAGUAGGGUGGGUACAUAUUGAGGAAAAGUAGGUAAGGGGUAACAAAAGUUUCUCAUUGGUGGGGGCGGAGACGGAGCGUUUUUUGACAGCGAAUUGUUCGUCUACCAUGCCUACGAUUACGUCACAAGAUGGACGAUUCCGUGCAUUCUUAUAAGAACACACCUGAAGCUUUACACGCCUUGGUGCCCAUCCUCAAUCAGGGUUGCCAACAUUUUUUUAAAAAAAUAAGGGAACUGGUGAAAUAAAUGAUGACCUUUGUUUUGGUCGUCGCUCCACAUUUUCACUUCAGCAAUGGUACCUAAUCCAGUUCCUUAUUAUCCAUCAGAUUGUCACUCAGCCUGAUAAUCUGAUGGAUAAUAAGGAACUGAAUAGAAAAAUCAGGCAAAUCCUGAAAAAUCAGGCACAUUGACAUCUCUGUCCCCGUGCUCCGAGUAGCGCUUCCGGUAAGCAGAAAAACAUCGAGUCCGGUAGAUAUUCAAAACGCAGAAUAACGAAAGCUAGCGGCUAUCGAUUGUUGGAUAGAAAUCGCAGAUUUUACUUGGGCGAUCCUGCCAGGAGCCUAGAUUUAGUUGAUAAGUCUCGACUCGAGAAAUAGUUUAAAUUGCGCAAGUGCAAAAAUUUCUGAGAUUGAAAAAAGUUCAACAAAAUGCAUAAUGCAACAAAAUGCAUGAUACAAAGGCAUAAUUUCUGUACUAAAUUUUUUGACAGCCGGAGUUGAGCUAAGUGCGUCCCUCGUUGAAAAAUAUGCCAGGCUUCAAAGGGUUCUUAUCUCGCAGGAAAACGCUAGAAAUCCUCGAAGGAAUUUGGUUUGAUUGUAGCAAAAAAGCGCGAUUAACGCUCCAAUCAAAAUUCUAAACAAGUGAAUAUGCAAGUAAAGUCGAAUCAGGCGAGUCACUAAUAUUGUCGAAACAGGUAAAGUCAGUUAGAAUCAAUUUUUAGGGUUCAGAUCACGCGAGUACGACAGCUUAAAUGAAAAUUUUGUUCAUUUGUGUACGUUAUCAGGACCGACACAAUAUUUGGGCGUGUAUGCCAGCGUACAGUAUUCAGGCGAGAACGCCAGAUUACACUAUUCAAACGAGUACGCCAGCGUAUAAAACAUUCAGGCGAGUACGCCAGCAUACACUAUUUAGGCUAGUACGUCAGCUUACAAUAUUCAGACGAGAGCGCCAGCAUACACUAUUCAGGUUAGUACGCCAGCUUACAGCUUUCAGUCGAGUACGCCAGCGUACACUGUCCGAUUGAGUACGCAAGCUAACUCAAUUCAGGCUAGUAGUUUAGUUUCGAUCAGGCGAGUACCCCAACAUACAACACUCAGGCUAGUACGCCAGCAUACAACAUUCAGGCGAGUACGCCAGCAUACAACUUUCAGGCGAAUACGCCAGCUUGCACUAUUCAAGUUAGUACGCCAGCUUACAUUCAGGCGAGUACGCCAGCAUACUACAUUCAGGCGAGUACGCCAGCAUACAACAUUCAAGCGAGUACGCCAGCUUACACUAUUAAGGCGAGUAUGCCAGCUUACAACAGUCAGGCGAGUACGCCAGCAUUUAACAUUCAGGCGAGUACGCCAGCAUACAACAUUCUGGUGAGUACGUCAGCAUACAAAAUUCAGGCGAAUACGCCAGCUUGCACUAUUCAAGCUAGUACGCCAGCUUACAUUCAGGCGAGUACGCCAGCAUACAACAUUCAGGCCUAGUACGCCAGCUUACACAAUUCAGGCGAGUACGUCAGUUUACACUGUCCAAAUGAGUACGCAAGCUGACUCGAAUUGGGCUAGUAUGCCUGAUAAAAUUUUAGUUUUAAUCAGGCGAGUACACCAGCAUACAACAUUCAGGCUAGUACGCCAGCUUACACAAUUCAGGCGAGAACGCCAGCGUUCACUGUCCAGAUGAGUACGCAAGCUAACUCGAUUCAGGCUAGUAUACUCUGGCUCACAGGGCUAAUAUGAUGCACAGAAUCAAGCACUAUAGCUGACGUUAAGCUGACGUUAGCAAAAUUGGUUCUAGUUUUAUGUGCUUGUGGUUACUUGGAUAGAAUCAAUUUUUAGAGUUCUGAUUUUUUUAGAAAGAAUUUUGUUCAGGCGUGUACGCUAUCGAGACCGACAUAGCUAACAAUAUUCAGGCGAGUACGUCAGCAUGCAACAUUCAGGCGAGCACGCUAGCCUUAUACUAUUCAGGCGAGUACGCUAGCAUACAACAUUCAGGCGAGUACGCAAUUUCGCACUGUCGAGGUGAGUACGCAAUACGCCAGCAUAAAACAUUUAAGCUAGUACGCCAUCUUACACUGUCCAGAUGAGUACGCAAACUAACUCGAUUCAGGCUAGUAUUCCUGGCUCACAGAGCUAACAUGAUGCACAGAAUCAUACUCUAUUGCUGACGCUAGAGCAGAAUUGGUGCUAGUUUUAUGUCCUUAUGGUUACUUGAGAAGAAUCAAUUAUGAGAUUUCCGAUUUUUUUGAGGAAGAAUCAUCAGGCUUGUACGCUAUCGAGACCGACACAGCUAACAAUAUUCAGGCGAGUACGUCAGCAUGCAACAUUCAGGCGAGUACGCCAGCAUACAACAUUCAGAUGAGUACACAAGCUAACUCGAUUCAGGCUAGUAUCUUAGCAAACAUGACAUCGUAUCAGAAAUGAUAACUUAAGUCGUUUACAAUAGUGUUGCGAAUCGCAAUUCCAACUGCAUAGUGAAAAGAACAUGUGAAAAGAUUAUAUGAAAUGUCGUCUGAAGUCAGCUUAAAUCGGAUAUGAUAGUGUUUGUAAAUUUUGAAAUGAUUUUUGAUUGCGCGCCGGCUUCAAGUGAAAAAAUGAUUGUAAUGUUCUCUCUGCAUCCAGCCAAUAUUUACAAAAUGAGAGAACUGGAAAAUAGUGUCGUUGGCAACGAUUUGAAGGCUAUGAGAGCAAUAUCUUGUGCUCUCUUGCAUUUUGCCUAUAUGUACGAAUAAGGUGUCGGAUUGCGUCCAAUUGGUGUAGUUUUCGUCGCUCUGGGAAGAAAUUAAAUUUAUGUAUGUGUAUUGCCUCCACUUUGGUAGGUAAAUGCGUUUUUUUCAACUUUCAUACGAUCAUUCUAUAAUGUACAUAUCUGGAACGUAUAUCAAAACAGCAUAAAAAUAUGACUACAAAAAUGUUUGCUGGGAUGCCUGCUAAAAUUUUAUGUGGUACAGUGCCAAUUUCUCCAAUGCUGUUUAUUCCAUUAGUGAUCAUCUUCUCAUAUCUCACCAAUAAGGGAUGCCAGUUUUGGCAUUCGAUCUGAUUAAGGUGUGUGGUGUUAUUCCAACAUAUUGCCCGUCAUGACGAUGAAAUGCACAUUUUUACAAACUCAAAAAUUCGCUCGUAUCUCUUUUUAAGAAGAUUUUGUUUUUCGAAUUUUGAUAAUCGAUCGAAAUUAAAGGUUUAAUAAUCAAACUUUACAGCAAAUAAUGCCAACUUGAGUGUCCAAAAAGUGGUAGAAAAAGCAACCUAACAGAACCAGACAACGGACUCGGAACGGCUUUCAAACUACAACUACUGCUAAACCAACUGCAAAUACAAGCUGUGACGACUUUCUUCCACAAGUGCCAUACGCAAAGAUGACUAUGAUAUUACUUGUGCGUGAGUGUCAGUGUUUCUGAAAGAAAUGUGUUUGUAAACCAUCUCACAUACACACAUACACUCGUACGAAAAAAACGACAUAAAACCCUAUCUAAUCAACCAACUAACUUACACCAACACGAAACACUCGCACGCACUGUUUGUAAUUUUUGGGGAAAAAACGUUCCUGACUGGGAAUGUAUAAACCUUACAUCAAGAUACUUUUCAAUUCAAGGGUAUAAAAACUGAGUUGUUACUUUUAGUUUAAAGAAGAGUUUUGUUUUAAAGUUAGUUAGGUUUUUUUUAAUAUAUUCCUUAUUUCGAUGUAUUGUCCAAAUUGAUCCAAAGCUCCCGACAGCGCCGAUACAAGACACCAAUGAUCUCCAGUUUAUAGUAAAUGAUUGUUUUUUAGGCUGUAUUUUCUAAAUUUUAAACCCUAACAACCCCCAACUUUUGGCCAAAACUGAACGAAAUCAAAUCUACUCAUUGGAGAUAAUUCCUGCAACACGCGUUACCUAUGAUUGUGUAUUUUUAAGUUAAACCUAUAUAAUUUAGAACGAAGUUGAUAGCACAGAAACAGAACCUACCAGGGGAACAGUAAACAAAAAACUUCCGAAGGGAGAUUUCGGAAGAUAACACAAUAACAAAAAUGGCCUAGAAGUGUUGAGCAAUCAGUUGUAUCCAUCGAACGUGAAAGAUUGCCAAUUUUCUCUCGCUAUCAUCGCUGUUUUGUACCGUUUAAGUUCAUCUAUAAGUUAGUCAGUUAGAGCUAGUUUAGUAGUGGAAUCAUGAAACACAAAAAUCAAACAAAAACUAAGAACGGGUGCAUAGCCAUAAGUUGUAACUUUUUAGAAAUCCUCCUAGUGCCGAGCUAGGCUCCAUUACCAUUUAAAUCAAACGUAUACAUACCCGUAUAGAUAUUUUUUUUAAUUAGUUGUUAGAGCUUCACCGAAAUACACACACACAAGUAGCGAUCUUUUGGAAUUUUAGUCACCUCUCCUAAGCUUAGUUGCUGUAAAUAGGUUUCGAAGGCCGCCGAGGUCAAUUUAUACACUUUUUGUAUGAAAGAAAAAUCAAUAAUAGUUUUACGCUCACUUUUAGUAUUUUUUUUCCUCUACAACCAGUUUUAAAACAAACGCUGAAUUUCAAGCAAAAAGUCACGCAAGCAUUAUUAGUUAAAGGUUUGUUUUGUUCUACCUCCCAAUGUAUUUGUUAAGCUGCAAACCUAGUAGAAUGUUAAGGAAACAAAAAGAAGAAAAAAACGGAAAAUUAUAUAGCAACAAAAAAUGUAUGAUCUUUAAGACCGGCACAUGUGUAAUUGCAGUUAUUUACCGAGCUUAUAAUUGUAGAUAAGAAUUGUUUACGUUUUGGGAUUGAAAUAAAAACAAAAUCUAUUGGACUGUCAAAAAAAAUCAAGCAACUCUAAUCAAAACAAGUGCAGAGAGUUGAGAAGUGAAAAGUUCGAUUGUUACGCGGAUCACCCUUUUUCUUUGUCUCCAUUCUAUCCUCAUUCGUACAAAUGGCCUACACCGACAUGAACAUCACACUCUUACACAAUCACACUCACUCAGUGCUCAUCUGCUCACUGUUUCACUCACUCAAUCACCAACUCACCUACUUACUCACUCGUGUAAAUUUGUGGACAGGGAUUUAGACAUCUCUGGCACCGCACCAUGAACUGGUAUCAUCAAAGCUCUGUGAAAAAAAAUCUAGGUAUUUUGGGUAAUAAAAAAAGGGCCAGCGCCAGCGCUGCCUCGGCCCCUCUCCCGCGUCAGUAAAUAGUAGUGAAAGAAAGUAGUGGAAGGAAAAGGCCGGCCUGGAAUUAGGAAAAGAAAAUCCCCUCCGACGGGAAGCCGAGAGAGGGGCGGAAAUUAUACAAGAGAAACAAAAAGAAAUAGGGAAGAGGUCAGAAAGCGUCAUUUGAAUAAAAAAACAGCGGAUGCGUAUUUUAUAUAUGGGAAAAGUAGAUAGGAAUGAGAAAAUUUCAUUGAAUCAUCAAUACUGUAGAUUGAAGGGUAAAUUAAAAUAUUUUUUUCUUUUUCCGGGAAUUCAAAAAACAAUUGUAUAUUAAUUCCAUUGCUGAAGUGGACAGUGAAAAUAUUGUGGAUAAUACACUAUCAAUGGACGAAACAUGCGACUUAAUGGAUAGACUGAUAGCAGAUCCUAUCGGCUUCUCUUAAAUUUUGGUGACAUCACACUAGCGCCAAAUAAAGAUAAACGAGUUGGGAUCCAACCUCUAGUUUAACCACUUUUCACGCACACUCGUGCGCCGGUGCAAUUUACAUUACCGUAAACAAUAUAAACACAAUCAUGGUGUGAUUGAACUGACGUUUGAUAAAGUCUGUUUCACAUAGAAUCUGGUCGGAUAAAAUAUAUCAUUUCUCCGCAAAGAAAUAGCGUACAACAAAAGUAAAAAUGUCAUUUUGUAGGGUUUUUAUUGCACUUUAAACUUUAAGGAAAAAAUACAUAAAAAUCAUUCUUCAGCUUUUGGGAUGAAUUUUCGAACUUUUUUUGUGAUACCACCCAUCAUUUUCUGCACAGUACUGCUGGUAACCUCAUUCGCCAUCUUGUUCCACCACUUUUCCAUUUGAGCGGGUUUUUUCAUGGUUCUGCCACAUUUCUUCAGUUUGCCCUUAACUAUUGCCCAAUAUUUCUCGAUGGGACGAAAAUCCGGGCAGUUUGGUGGAUUGAUACUUUUUUCAACAAAAUCGAUCUUGUUCUCCUUAUACCACUUAACGACAUCCCGGCUGUAGUGGCAGCUUGCCAGGUCCGGCCAGAACUUCACCGGACCUUUGUGGGACCGAAUGAAUGGCAAAACCCUCUUCUGGAGACAUUCUUCUUUGUAAACAUUUCCAUUCAUUGUGUCCCCAGUGAUGAAAAUCUUAGUCUUCUUCCCACAACUACAGAUCCCUUGCCAAAUCAUCAACUUACGAGCUAAUUUAUCUGCGAAAACAAACUUGAAUCUACCCGCAACAUUCCCUUUACGCUUCGCAAGGUAAAAUUUGUUACCGGGUAUUUGCCCAAAAUCCAUUUUGACGUAAGUUUCGCCGUCCAUCAAAAUGCAUCCGUUGUCAACACUUGGUCAACACUUUCUCGUGGAACUUCCUUGCCCUAGUUUUGGCAACCAGGUUUUGUUUCAGCGUCCUGUUGGGGUGUUUGCUUGCAUGAUACGACCACAAGCCUUCUCGCAAACAAAUUCGUCCAGCUGUACUGUGGUUCGUCUUGAACUUUUUCGCCAAAUCACGCAAGGAGAUUCCAAGAUUAUUGUUAACUGAUCGAAUUACCUUUGCUAGAAGCUUCCGGUCAUAUGUUCCACUUUUACGCCUGGUUUAUCUAGCUCGAUCCACCGUAAGGGUCUCCCGGACCGAAUUUACAGUCGAUUUUGGAUAUUUCAGGAAUUUCGCGAUCUUUACCCCUGACCCCGUCGGUUUCUCUACGUGAGUGGGCACAAUUUUCUCUCGCCAUUCGCGUUCCAUCGUCGAUAACUCUUGACUGACUGCUUCAAUCUUGAUGAAAUUUUCACCACUAAACAAACCAUCCGGAUCAAAACACUAUCAAAAGAUUCGCGAUGUGACAACUAGGGGCGCUGCAGUAAAUGAAAAGAUGCGACCAGAUUCCAUGUGAAACAGACUUUUUUAAAUGUUUUAGUGCGAUGAUGUGGUUUUACUCAAAGCUUGAAUGCAAAGCUGCAAUGCUUGAGAAGAAAGCUGCAAAGCUUAGAUCCCAUUUCGCAGAGCGGCAGCACCAUAGACAUUGUGUUGGCGUCGCCAAUGAUUUGUUCGAAAGAACAACAGCCCGACUAUCUUGAUACUAUGAGAUCUUUGCUAAUAGGUACAUUCAUCAAACUUUGCACAACUACAGUUUUUAGAUUUAGAAUCAAUACAGAAAAUUCUGGUGCGGAAAUAAAUCAGAUUUUUUUGUUCAAAAAUCAAUCUAAAUGCCUCCAAAGGUGCGCACCCGAAAAAAACAUUGUAGUCAUAGCGUCCAUAUAAUAAGUUUUUCAUAAUUACUUACAUGUCAUCUCCAUUUUGCCAUUUUUUGACGAUGCCGGUAGCUUGUGCUAACGUCCUUCUUCAAUGAAAUGUACCAGUUAGGCUACUUUGCGGCAGGACCAGGGAGAAUAUUAACCACACUUGCAAAUCCAGAAGUCAGUAUAUUUUAUGCCAGCGAACUGACAGAGGAACGACAGGCUCUCGUACGGAACUCGAUGAUUUCUUUUGCCUUUCAUUGUCAGGUUCCACGUCGAACAGCUGCUUCAGCAAAGCCUGGGUUCGAAGGAUUUUCGCCAGUUUAUCCAUUUUCGUCCGCUCUUUCAGAUUUUUAAGCGUCGGAUAUGAAUAAUUUCAAACUCCUUCAGAAUACACUUCCAAACAUAGUCACUAGAAUGCCUCCAAAAAAAAUUCUGAAACAUCCGGUAAUUUGGACGUAGAGAUGUCAAUUAGAAGCCACUCUCAAAUCAAUGGUCAAAAAGAAAUCGGUUUUUCGAUUAACUUGUUAAGAUUUUGGUGACCAAGCCAACCUUGCGAUUACUAGAAAAAUUGGGGUGAAUUUUUGUGAAAGCGAUCUUGUUUUCCACUGGUGCAAUUAUUCAUUCAUUCUGUUCGCAUUCCCUAUUCCAUUAACCCUUUUAAUUCCGGAUGGGACUGUAAACCUGAAAAGAUUACACACGUCACGCUGCGCGUAGGCCUACCAAAAUUGAUGCAAACUCACCAGUUCGGAUAGACAAUUCGACUCCUUUAUCUUUUCACUGCAAACUUCUGGAUUUUUCCGUAGAAAACUGACAUAAUAAUCUGAAACUCUUUUUUUCAGUUGAUUUUUGUUUGUUUGAUUUUUCUUGUGCACUGAAAUAAAUUCAACGUUCAGUAUCUGGUGUUUUUGCAGAUUGUCCUGCAGAACGAGGGGUAUCUCAAACCCGAAUAAUUUUCCAUGCUGCAUGUGGAUGUGUUGCAAUCUCGAUUUUACAUUAUGCCGGAUGAUUUUGCUGAAAAUAGGAAAAAAACCAUACAUUAGAUACGGAAUUCAGAUUGAAAACUUGUUUCAUUCUAAACUCAGAUUAUUCAGAAAUUGAGAUUUCAGUUUUUGAACUCAGAUUCAGAAUUCUGUGUUUAAAUUAAUGAUUUAAAAUCACAUUCUAGUUUCAGAAUUCUAAAUAUGAAAAUUCAUUGUGAACUAAAAACAAAAUUAUCUAAAUUUACCCUUCAAUCUUACAAUCUAUAUCGGAUAACAUACAAACAAAAUUUACCGCAAAUAUUUCAACUCUUCAACUGUAUAAGACAAGUUUAGAUUUAUUUCCUAUGCUCAUUUUCCAUACAGUGUACAAAGUGUUUAAGUUCUGGUUAAAAGAGAAAAAAAGUCUCACAAUUGUGAACUGCAAAUAAUCUGAAGCCAUUCCUCGAAAGCAACCUCUCUAAUCGUAGAAAUUUGAUGAAAAAAACUCAUCCAUAGUCCAAAGUCCAAAAUUUCAGAUCCACUCUGACAGAGCGAGAAUAAAUCCAAUACAGUUCACAAACAAAUUGUAAAAAGUUGAAAAUACUUUACCACUAUUUUAACAAAUUUCAUUAGAGAGAAAGAUCGAAUCGAAACAGAAAUCUAUACAGUAGUUAACUUUUUCUCUUGAACUCCUUAUCUUUGCUCUUGUUAGAACACACAAUAGAAAGAAAAAAGAAGAAAAAAAUCAAGUAACAUCCGGACCGCCAAAACUUUUUUGCAGAUUUUAAAAUAUUUAUAUAUCUAGAACGAACAGAUAAAAAAAAGUCACAAAAUCAAUAUCAGAAUAAGAACAAAAAGUUUUUCCCAGUCUUCGCAUUCAAUUUCUUGCACUUACAAUAUUCGAUGCAAAAGAAAACAGAAAAAUUAAAAACAAGAAAUAGUAGGAUCAAAUCCCUGUUAGUAGUGAAACAUAAAAUAGACACAUCCUUUGUAUAAAAAAAGUCCUUUAUAUUUCUUCCAACAAGAAGAAAAUAAAUAUAAAAGCUGGUUGAGUGCGUCCUAAUAGUUGAUAUUUAUCAUCGCAAGAAGUGAAAGUUAAUAACCAGAAGUACUAUAAACAUAAGUCCGUUCCUUCGAAAGGAACAAUAAAAAAACCAUAGCAAACAAACAGACAGUCCCAAAUUUAACUGCAUAACUAACAAACUAUGAAUCCCGAACAUUCAAAAUCCAGCGAAAAGAGAGUAAAAUGUAUCCGAGAUUCCAACAAACCUACAGCAAACACUAAAUGAAUACAUCUACACGUUUUGGUGUACUGGAAAGAAAAAUUUAUGUGAUAUUUUUUUAUCGAUAAGAUGUACCUAAGAUUGCACAGUACCGAAUGGAAAGGAAAAAUAACACGUAGGGAAAUAGCAAACCCUGGUGGAGACAUUCGAAACGUCAACAAAUGUCACUUGCGCUUGAAAAAUGUUGAUUGUAAAAAGAAACAUCGGAGAAUGAAAUCUAAUCAUUGAAAAAAAUCACAUUCAUCUGUUCAAAUUGUUGUGAGUGACAAACAACACAUAUUCAAAUCUUUGAACAACAAUGACAACAACAGACAAAUCGGAUGAGCACAGGUAUAAAUGGAAGAAACGAAACAAAAAAAAUUAAGUAGCCAUUGAUCGUUGCUGCAGCAGCUUAUCUACUGUCAAGCUCGGAAAAUCGAAGAGAAAAAUCAAAAACGUAAAUGACAGCACUACGAAUGCACAUACACACACAUACCAGUAUACAUUAAACUAAAAAAAAAAAGCAAAGCAGAAAAAAAAUCGUAUAACCAAACAGAAAAAAACGUAAAUUCUUGAAUAAAAUACCAAUUACAAACUAUUUUUGAAAUUUACAAUAGAAAUCAACAAUAAACAGGUUUUAAAGUAUCACGCCAGUUUUGUUAAUGU